ACCUUUCUUCAACCCCCAUUGCUCAGUGCACCUCACUAACCCGCCCUGUACGGCAGUCCCUCCCUCCUUCUCUGCCAAGUUCUUCCUUUCCCCCCCAUCGCUUUAGCAUGAUCCGGUGAUGUCGUCACGAUACCCCCAUCCCUCAGGCUACGGGGCUCGAGACCGUUCGCCACAACGCUUUCCCGACCGUCGACCACCGGCUGGUCCUCGUGGCUCCGACGAUGGCAAUCUACCGCCGCUCGGGCGAGAACCGCCCCGAGGCCCCAAGGCCCUGACUGAUCCCCAUCGAGGUGCCCCCUUCGGUGGCCGCGGACGGGGCUACCCUAGCAGAGCGGAUUUCCGGGACCGUGAUCGCGACCUCCGCGACCGCGAUCGAGAUCGGGACCGUGACCGUGACCGAGACCGAGACCGCGAUCGUGAUCGAGAUUUUCGUGAUCCCCGCGAUGGCCCGCCCCCAUUCCGGCGAGACCUCGACCGCGACUGGCCUCGACGCGAUCGAGACUUCAACCCUCGCGAGCCUCGCAUAGGCUUCGGCCGCGGCCGGUCGCGUUCGCCCCCGCUGCCCCCGCUACCCCCACGAGAUUUUCGAGACGCACGAGAAUCGAUAGGAAGGGACCCCGACUUGGUCCGCAUGCGCCGCGGAUCCCGGGAUAGUCUGCUCUCUGUCGGUUCCAACGCCCCCGAUACGCCCUCAUCCGCGCCGGGACAUCACCCACGCAGUGGUCCCAUCCGCGGCCGGGGCCGUGGCGAUUGGGACAUUGGCCGAGGUCGUGGCCGGGCUCCGUAUCUGGACGACCGGGAUUCCUUCCGCCGUCGCAGUAGAUCUCGCGACGGUCGGUGGGACCGCGAGCGGGAUCGAGACCGUGACCGCGACCGCGAACGAGACCGCGACCGGGAUCGCCUGAUGGAUCGCGACCGCGAACGGGACCGCGACCGUUUGCUCGACCGGGAGCGCGAUCUGGACCGUCGGGACCGGGAUCGGGACCUCGAGCGUCGCGAGCGAUUCGACCGACGGGACGAGAUCGACCGCCGCUUCGACCGGGAGGAUCGCGAUCGCCCGGGCGACCAUUGGAAGCGGGAUCGCCCGCCUAGUCGUGCCGAGAGUCGCCUGCCCAGCACCCCGACGCUCCCAUCUGGGCCCCCGAUGACGCUCCCAGCGGUUCCUCCGUUGGCAGAUCGACUACCCGACCCCAGCCCGGACCUGCCCCGCAAGCCGUCGGUCGUCGACAGCCGCCGCGACCUCGACCGGGUCGAGCCUCCGGCGCCGCGCCCGGAACCCGCCAAGGAGGUUCCGCCCCCCAGCGUUGCUACGGCGGUUACGCCGACCAAACUCGAGAAAGAGCCGGAACGCCCGGAGUCCCCGUCCCGCCCGCCUGUCCAGCCGCCGACGGGGCCCAAGGCGGAACGGACCCCGGCGCCACUGCCGCCGCUGCCCCCAGCGGAGGUGCGCGCCCGACGGGAGGAUGCGCCGCGGGACGACGCGCCGGAUGUCCAACUGGACCUCCCCGCGCGGCCGCCCAAGCCACCGACGGGCCCCGCCCCCAGCGCUCCCAGCGCUUCCAGCGUCCCAAGCGCCCCGAAGCGGUCCGAUCUCUCCCCGCCCACCGCCCCUGCUGCCAUGACGGGCAAGGACGCUGUGGUGUCUCCGCUGCAGUCGCCGUCCGCCAUCCGCCCGCCGCCCACCAUGCCCUCACCGGAAAUGACGCGCACCCUUCCUCCGGCCGGUCGGGGGUCGUCCCCCGACGCUCUGACCUCUCCACGCCCGCAGCCCGCAGGGGGCAUCCCCACCGGUCCCCGGGCCCUUCAGCAUCGCGGCUCCAUCUCCCGUGGCCCUAAGGGCAUGAAACAGUGGGUGCGUCCAGGAUACCCGCGUCCGCCGCCGGCAGCAGGUGCGGCAGCACCCCCAAAGCGCGAGUCGAUCGAUGCCACGGCGCAGGGUCCGCCCAGCCCCGAUACCGGCCGACGCGAUUCACACCUGUCGGUCGAUGACGGGUCGGGGCUAGAAGCGGGCGAGAUUGCCCCCGAGCCGGAGGUGUUGCCACUCAAGCGCGAGCCGCCACGGUCCUCCACACCCCCCACCGUCAUGGAGGUCAAGGCCUCACCCCCGCCCACGACCCGUCCGCCUCCUGAAGCGCCGGCGGAGGCACCUCCCGAGGGGCCGGCGGAGGCACACCCUGCUGCGACGGUUGACGAUCACCGGCCCCAGCCCAUCCCGGAUUUCGCCCGAUCAAGCGACGAAGAGGAGGAAGAGAAUGUGGUUUUCACCCAAGAUUACCUCGAGGAACGGCAGCGCAUCUUCGAGAAGGACCUGACCGCGCUUCGAGCCGAUUUGCCGCCGUCGCCGCUGACCGACCCGACAAUUGUGAACCUGCUGUUGCGCAUCCAGCUUCUGGGCAUGAUCGCCAACGAGACGUCCCCACCCCGACCGCCCACGCCGGCUCCGGCUCCGGCUCCCGUCGAAGGGGGCGAGAAGCUGGACGGGAACCCCCCGGUGCUCUCCGUGGAUGCAAAGCCAGAAGCCCCGGCAGAUGGUCUGGAAGCUCCGACCAAGAUGGACCUGGAUACCCUCCCCCCGGCCGAUGCGGUCACUGUCGACCACCUUCCUUUCCUUCAUUCGGGCCCGCCCACUCCCUUAUCGGAUCUGGACUCCUACCACGCCAACAAAAACGCGAACGAGGCGCGGAAAGACGUCUUCCAUGCGGAGAUGAUGAAGCGCCGCAAGGAGGUUGCCCGGAAGAACGCGGCGCUGCGUCAAGAGUAUCUCAACUUCUACAUCCCCUGGCGGUUGCAGAUCUGGGACCUGGACCGUCAAAAGAACAAACCCAUCGUUUCUCCAGAUCCCGCCUCGCCCCCCGCGGGUGCUCUGGCCGUUACGCCCACGCCCGUUCCCGAAACCCGCGAAGGCCGCGAAGCCCGCGAGGGGCGGCGGUACAAGGGCAACAGCGAACUGGACUUCCAGAAUGCCUUGCGUGCCUCGGAGAUCUCGGCCCAGGAAGAGCUGGAACGGCGGCGCGGGAACAAGAUCACGGCGCACCCGGAUCUCGCGCGGGAGGCAGAAAUUCCUGACAUGCUGGAGCUGCCCGAGGCCCGCGCCCGCAUCUACAAGGAUACCAACAACAUUGUCGAUGCGGCCAAAGCUAUGGAGGUCUUUGAGUUCUCCCCGCCGCCCGACGACUUUACCCCUGAGGAACACGAGAUUUUCACCGACGCCUUCAUGGCCUACCCCAAGAAAUGGGGCAAGAUCGCCGAAUCUCUGCCCGGGCGCGGCUACGCCCAGUGUAUCGUCCACUACUAUCUCACCAAAGAGGAGAUCAAGUAUAAGGCGAAACUCAAUAAACGCUGGAGUCGACGCGGCCGUGCCCGGCGCUCCGCCCGUCCCAAGUCCAACGCUCUCAUGGUGGAUCUGGGCGUCGUCAAGCCCGACUACGUUGGCGAGGAAGAGCCCGCGCCCGUCACGGACACGGGCCGUCCACGGCGUGCUGCGGCACCCACGUUUGGAGACUCGUCCGCCGACGCCGAUCAUUCCAACGGUCGCCGGGGCAAUUCCAGCAAGGAUGGGGAAGCGCCCGAGAAACCGGCCGGUCGUCGCGGCGGUGCCCGUACGGGUGCCGGUACUCGUGGAGGUCGACGAGGCAAGGCAGCGCAGCAGCAGCAACUACAACAACAGCUUCUGCAGCAAAAGCAGCAGCAGCAGCAGAAGACAGCGGCACCGACUGCAGCCGAGCCGCCCGUCCCUCCCGUCCCGGUGGGUGUGGUGGCGUCCCCUGCGCCGCCGACCAAGGUCGAACCGGCCGGGGUUUCAAUGGAUGGCACCAUAGAGACGACCGUUCUACAAUCCAGAGAGCCCGUGGAACGGGCUCCAGCCGAAGCUCCCCCGCGCGUGAAAUCGGGACGUGGUCGCCAGCGAGAUUCGGCGUUCGUCGAGUCCACCGAAACAGAGAGCCCAGGGGCCUCGGCGGGACGGCAGUCGGAGAGUGGGCAUGGCUCUUUGCAGCCGACGAGUUAUUGGUCGGUCCCUGAACAACGCGACUUCCCUACUCUGCUGGCCCAUUUUGGUCGCAACUUCGAGGGUAUCUCAAAUUUUAUGAAGACCAAGACGACAGUGAUGGUGAAGAAUUAUUUCCAACGGCGCAUCGACUCCGGUCAAAAAGACUUUGACGAUAUCGUGGCGGACGCGGAGAGUAAGAAAGCUCGUGGUGAACGAACCGGCCCUCUUCCAACCCCUAACCCGGCCUCCAAACGCCGCUACGAAGCCACCCCCUCCUCCAUCGUGCCGCGACCUCUGGCGCCGCACACGGAGGCUGCCUCCGAAACGGACGACGGCCGACUGGCACCCACGACCCAGGCGGUCGCUGCAACUCAGCCCGUUCAUUUGCACGCGCGCGCACCGACGGAGAAGGAACGCUCGGUAUCCCGCUAUCCGCCGCUGGCUCAAGCCAGCAGUGCACCGAUCGCUCCCGGCACCGUGCUGACCGAAGACCCCGCGCGAGGGAUGCGUCCGCAGGCAGCCAUGUCGUCACGGAUGCCCGGUCCGCCCUUGGGUUACUUCACUGAGGACCGACGCGAGAUCCCUGCGGUACUGCCUCAUGCGACCCCGCGAUCUCAGGAGACAGCGUCCUUGACCGCACGACCGACGCAGGUUUCUGCUGCAGAGAUGCCGCGCAUGGAGCCGUUGCCUAGUCAUGGAUAUCGCCCCGCCGACGUGCAUGGGUCGCCUCUCCUCGCUGGCCAACCCAUCAUCCAGUCAUCGCAGCAACCUUAUAUGCAGUCUACCCUAAUGCCGUCGGCCUCUCACUCACGGCAGACCAGCCUCAGUAAGCCGCCGGGCUCACCCGCGCAGCCGCUGCAUCGAUCGGAGGCGGACGUCUCGCCCAUCCGCCGUGACUCGGUGAGUCAGCGGCCGUUCUAUGCCUACCCGGGCCAGCAUCCUGCGAUGGCACAGCCUCCGCCUGUUUUGUCACCGGCCAAGGAAGUCCCGCGGCCUAGCUCCACGCCUCUCGAGCCGCCCGAGGCGCCGCGCCAAGUCCUGGCAAAACGGUCCAAUAUCAUGAGCAUUCUCAAUGACGAGCCCGAAGAGCCACAGCCGCGCAAGCGGUUCGCUAGCGACCAGGCGUCGGUGUCGGGUGGAGGUGCGGUGUCUCCGUCGCGACCCGUGUAUGCCGGGGCACCAUCCUACUCGCAGCAGCCGCCCGCACGACUGGAAGAACAGAAACCCCCACUGUACAGCCAGCCCAGUUCGUAUGCCCCGCCCCCGCGUGGCUACUCGGAGUAUCAGUCGUACGCGCCCAUGUCGGCCGGCUCGGCGCCGGCAGGCAACGACUGGAUGGCUCGAUUCGAUCCCCGCGGCCAGCAACCGACGCCCCAGCAAGCGCCUCCGCCGCAACCUAGCGCUCGCCCCCCUGCUUCCAUGGCCCCGCAACCGCCCUUUUCUCCCUUCACGUCGGCUCAAUCGCUAUCCGGGCCGUCCCUGUCGAACCUGACGGCGCCGUCCCCCGCCCCGACCCCUUCGCCGGCACCCUCCCAACGGCCCUACGCCGGAUCCGUCUACACUGCAUCACCCGCAGCACACCCUGCGUCGGUGUCGCGCGAGCUUCCGCCGCAGAGUGCGAUGUACAGACCCAGUAUCGGAUCACCGAACAUGCGGAAUACGGGCAUCCCGUACGGGUCUCGCGCGGGGCCACCGACCCCCAUCCAGUCUCCGUCCAGUCUUCUCGGGGUGGGUCCCCGUCAGGCCUCGGCGACCACGUACGGCUCACCGGUCCCAGCCCAUGUGCAAGGCCCGCCUACCCCAGUCGGUCAUCAGUCUUACCAGCAGCAUGUUCAGACCAUGGUCACGGGGGCGCAUCAGCCACCAGGGCAUCGGACUCCGCUCGGGUUCAACGGGGGCCCGUAUGGUCGCAGCACGCCCCCGCCCCCACCGCCCUCACAGACCUCGCGCGGUUCCGUCCUGACGGGCGGUCCACCCCCGGGAGUGUCCAUGGCGAGGCCAUACAGCCCUCCCACGAUCCUACAGCCCAGCCGCGCGGCGGGUCUCAGCUAUGCCGCUGGUGGACCUCCGCCGCCAGUCGGGGCCGUGCACCCGUACCAGACCCGCCCGGGGACCUUGGCCGAGGUGGUACACACACCCGGCCACCACCGUGGCUACAGUCAAGGGUCAAACGUGGGUCUGCCAGGAUCAGGCACGCCGCAGCAUCCUCCCCGUUAAUCCCCCCCUCUACCCGUCAUGUGAUUGAUUGGGUACCUUGCAUGUCUGUCUAUAUCAUUGUUAGUGUAUUGUAGACUCUCAUUUUCAUUCUCCUUUGCAUGUGCUUUCAUCUCUCCUUUGUUUCACCGGCUGGAUGUCGGAUGCAUGUACACUAAAUGAGGAAUGGAUCAGUGGUGUGUCGUUGAGGUGUUAUCACCGGCAGCAC